UUUGACAAUGAUUUCCUUGCUGACUGCUUUGCUUUAGGCAAGCUCUCAAUCUUGGGGGACGGGAAGAAGACAGUCAUGGACGAUGUUGUCAAGGCAACCCGCCUCACUGAUAGGUACCCGAACGCGAACAGUGAUUUUUAUGGAAGUGGCCUUGCCUGCAUCUACAAGUCAGGCCCUAGCUGGCCUGUAUGCAAGGGUCCUGAGGCUCAGGGCAUCGUUCGCGAGCUUCGCCCCGUCAUCGGUCACGCGAUUGGGUCCAAAUGGCUCUCUAUUGGCCAGCUCAUUUACGAGAGCCUUGACUCCAUCCAUGUGAAGUGGACUUCCAUCGAUCCCCUUGCUUACGCCAACGAAGGGGAAGCUAGACCAUUCUGUCCUCUCAUCGUCUCCGUCGGUGUGGAGCCCCAGUCCCUCCUCUACGACAACGCCGUUGCCGCUGCCGACGGCGUCAAGAGGAUUCUUGCCGAGGCUGGCUUCCCCGACGUCGAGGUGGCCUUCGUCGAGUCCACCAUCACUCGUUCCGUCGCUGCGGGCCCCAAGCUCCUCUCGUUCAACCCUACCCUCGACGACGUCCUCGAGCUUCGCAAACCAUUCACUACUAUUCUUGGCCUUGCCAUCGCGCCCCUCACCUAUCCUCACUAUGAGGGCACUGUGGCUCUCUACUUCCGACUUGGCAAGGACACGAAGCGCACCGCCAUGCUGACCUGUGCACACGUCGCCUGUCCCCCUCCUGCCUUCCCCAACAACACAGGCGUGACGCAACCAAGGACAAGCAAGGAGAUCGUUGCACUCGGCAACAAGGCCUAUGGUGACUCCGUCAAGGCCAUGAUGGGUACCAUCGGUGACCUCUUAACCUACAUCGAGGCCUGGAAUGACGUAAUUGAGUCGCUGGGGGAGCCUGAAGAGCGGGAGAACAGUAAGGUUACUGCGAGGCGUCAGGAGCACAUUGAGUUGGUGGAGAAGGCGACAAAGACAAUUGAGCAGGUGAACAAGCUCCAUGACGAGGUCACCAAACGGCGCACCAUCCCUGACCAGCGCACCAUUGGUUACGUGCUUCACUCUGAGAAGAUUGAGGUCUUGGUCGAGCCCCACAAGUUCACCAAGGACUGGGCCCUGAUCGAGCUGUACGAUGAGAAGAUCGACUGGCCCGCCUUCAAGGGAAACAAAAUUUAUAUUGGCGGUAACCUCUCGAUCUCAGACUUCCGCAACACGAUGUAUCCUAACGCCGCUGAUCGAAAGGACUACCGGUACCCCCAGGAUGGUUUGCUUCAGGCUUAUGGUGUAGUCCAGGACGCCGAGAUCCGAAACCCCCAGAACCUUGAGGCUAACGGCGACAAGUGUCUCUUCGUCGUCAAGAAUGGUAUGGCCACCGGGACCACCGUCGGUCGCGCUAACGGACUCGAAUCCUUCACCCGCUACUAUCCCGAGUACGGCAUCAAGCACACCUCCGUCGAGAUGGCCGUCAUGCCCUACGAUAAGAAGCACGGCAAGUUUUCCGACGCCGGCGAUUCCGGCUCUAUCGUCCUCGCCAGGGACGGCCGUAUUGUCGGCAUCCUCACCGGCAGCAGAGGCCCUGCUGACGAGACGGAUGUCACGUACCUUACUCCAUACUGGUGGAUCGAGGAACAGAUCAAGAGCAAAUACCCUGGCUGCUACCUCUACGAGGUCGUCCAGUAAGCGUGUCGCGAGCUUGGCAAGCUCGUCGCAUAGCAGACUUUUUCUUGACAGGCCUUUUCCUUGCUCACUUCUCCCACCACUCUAUCACUUCUCAGCUUUUCUCGUCUUGUAUCCCCUCAUCACACUCGCCCCCUCCUUCCUAUCCCUCCUUUUGUUUGUUGUGCUCAUCUUAUUUAUUCACUCGUUGUCGAUGCCAACGUUGUAGAUCAUUGUUCAGGUGGGUACUUCUCAAGCCUUGUUGACUUUGUUGUCUAGGUUCUAGACUACCAUGUUCGACCUUGGUCUGACCUUGUACAGUAUUGUGUAGCUUAGCAUCUUGGACAUUUGUAAUGUAGCUUAUUGUUGUCUCCACUCUGUGUACUAUUACUAUUGUCUCUUGCCUCCCCUCCUC